AUGUCGAACGAGAAGACUCCGCUCAUACCGCGCUUUGACGCGUCUCACGCAAGGGCGGAACUGCCUCCGCGCCUGAAACGCUGCUCAUCAAAGAAGACAGCAUUGAAGGUCAUCGGUGCUACGGCUGCUGCCGGAGUAUUGUACUAUGGUGUUCCCGAAGUCACAGCACGGUCUAAAAGCAAACUGUGCCUGACACCAGCAUGUGUCCAUGCAGCCUCAGAGAUUCUUUACAACCUGUCACCUAACUACAAAGAGCUCGACGCCUGUACCGAUUUUGAGGAGCUUGUGUGUGGUGGAUGGCGAGACCGCCACGAUCUGCGCCCAGAUCAGGGUGACGCUUUCACCGGGACUAUCAUGAGCGAGAACUCGGAGCUGCUUCUUCGCCACAUCCUGGAGGCGCCAUAUCCGAAGGAUUCACAGCACUCUUACUUUUCACCAAUGCAGCUGAAGACCACACAGAAGUCUGCAGAUGAGCAGAACUUUGAUAAAAUGAAGUCUGUGUAUGAUGCCUGCCUUGAUGAGGACAAGAUCAAGAGCCUCGGCGCUGAGCCCCUUCUCAAAGUCUUGACCGAAAUCAAGCAGGCAUACCCCCAAGGCGAUGCUGCUUCUCUCUUGGCAAGAUACGGAGUCACCGGAUUGAUCGCAACUGGAACUGGUGCUGAUGACCGUGAUCCAGAUACCGUCGUAGUGUCUGUUGCUGCGCCCUACUCAUUUGGUCUGCCAAGUAAGGAGCGCUACGAAGACGACAAGCUGGUUGAGAAGUACCGCGGCGUCACUGUUCAGGUGCUCAAAGCUCUCUACCCUGAUGCAAAGGAAGAGUCCUUCUCCAAGAUCAUCGACUUCGAGAAGAAGCUGGCAGCUGCUUCGCCCAGCACCGAGGAACGCGAGGACGUGACAAAGUACUACAACCCGAUGAGCCUCGACAAUGCCAACCAGUUGGCACCAGAGAUCGAUUUGAAGGGCCUUCUCCACGAGCUCGCACCAAAGGACGUUGGCAUUGAACGCGUCAUCGUCAUGGCUCCGGGCUACCAGAGUAAGCUAUCCUCUAUCCUGAACGAAACCGAUAGCGAGAUCGUCAUGAACUACUUUGUAUGGAAGGCUGUUCAAUCUUUCUCAGGAUAUGUUGAUGCGGAGGAAGUCAAGCCAUACAGACGAUUUCUCAAUGAGCUUGCAGGGAGGGACCCUGACUCCACACCUGAGCAAUGGCGGAAGUGUGUUGGCCAGGUUGAAGAUGGUUUGGGUUGGAUCUUGAGCAGGUUCUUCAUCGAGAAGGCCUUUUCCGCUGAAGCCAAGAAGUUCGGUGACACUAUCAUUACUGACAUCAAGACCGAAUUCGCGAAAAAGCUUCAAGCAACGAAGUGGAUGGACAAAGAUACUACCAAACUCGCCACCAACAAGGUCCACAACAUCAUCCAGAAGAUCGGUUACCCCACCAAGAGCCCCAACAUCAUGGACCCACCAAGUCUUGAGAAGUACUACGACUCCGUCAAUGUCUCAUCUGCGACCUUCUUCCAGAACGCGCUCUCGGUGCGCAGCUUUUCCAUUGAUGACGAGUGGUCUGCACUAGGGAAACCUGUUGAUCGCGAACAGUGGGGCAUGUAUGCCAGCACUGUCAACGCAUACUACAACCCACCAGGAAACGAGAUCGUGUUCCCCGCUGGAAUUAUGCAAUUUCCUGUGUUUGAUGUCAACGUUCCGGCAUAUAUGUCCUACGGCGCAUUUGGUUCCGUAGCCGGCCAUGAACUCAGCCACGCCUUCGACUCUACUGGCCGCCACUAUGAUCAAAACGGCAACUACACCGACUGGUGGUCCAAUUCCACGGUAGAUGCUUUCCGUGAGCGUGCCACGUGCUUCGUCGACCAGUACGCAAAGUUCUCCGUGCCUGGCAACGACAACAAGCCACUCCACGUCAAUGGUCGUCUUACUCUGGGCGAGAACAUUGCUGAUGCUGGUGGUCUAUCUGCCUCUUACCAGGCUUGGAAGCGCCGCUCCCACAAGAAGCCUAACCAGGAUCUACCAGGUCUCGAGCAUUUCACUCAGGAUCAGCUCUUUUUUGUGACAUACUCGAACUGGUGGUGCGGCAAGUCGCGCAAGGAAAACGCAAUUAAUAGGAUCUACACCGAUCCUCAUGCACCUAAGUGGGCACGCAUCUUAGGUACUAUGGCAAACAGUCGUGAGUUUAAGGAGAGCUUCAAGUGCAAAGAUAAGAAGCCCACUUGCCAGCUUUGGUGA